AUGGUUAUUUUCACUAGAGGUGGUGAGGAGGAUGCCGGCAGCGACGAUGGGACUGGUUGGCGACCAAGCGACUGCGGCGAUGAUAGAGAGUUUGAGGAAGAAGUUGAUGCUUUAGGUUACCUGUGGAGCCGACUGCCAAGUGAUGCUGAAAGAUACAUCUAUGUGGCAGACGGCGAUAUAGUUGCGAUGAUUACUCUCGUUACGGGUAUCUAUAUUUUAAUUCAUGAAAAGUCCCAAAUCUUGGAUGUUUUUAAGUCUUUCAAAGCUGAAGUUGAACUUCAACUUGGAAAGAAAUUAAAGUUGUCGAGUCUGAUCAUGGUGGUGAAUACUACAAAAGAUAUGACGGUUCAGCUGAGGCGCGACCUUAUAGGUCGCAUGAAAGAAAAUUGGACUCAAGAACAAUUAGUUGCUACUUUGUUGGUUACGCUGAGCAUUCACAGGGAUCCAGUUGCAGUACAAGAGAACAAUGAGAAUAUUGUUGUUGCUCAAGAUGCUGCUACAGUACAAGAAAAUAAUGAGAAUCCUCCUCAAUCCCAACUCAUACAGCAAGCUCAACAACCUCAAGAAGUGUCAUUAAGGAGAUCCAACAGAAAAAGGAGAAAAUCCAUCUAUGGUCUCAAACAAGCUUCCCGUCAAUGCAUUUUCUUUCCUUCCAUUUUCCUCUCAAACAAACAUAGCAUAAAAGCUAAGGCGCCGUCAGCUUCAUCUUCUCGAUCGAACCCAGCCUUGGCAUCGUUCAUCCAUCUUCAGCGUUCAGCCUCAUCUUCUCAAACCCAUCCCUGGUCAUGGUGCUACUCGCGUCUCUCUGUCGCGGUUCUGCUCGCCUCUCUGUGUCGCGGUUCUGCUCGCCUCUCAUCCCGCAUCUGGCAUCAAGGUAAAAGACGGCCUUGGAGAGCUUUUUUGUUGUACGGACCACCCGGAACUGGUAAAUCAUAUUUGGCCAAGGCUGUUGCAACAGAAGCUGACUCUACAUUUUUCAAGUAUACUUAUUCUAUUAAUCUAUUAUUUCAUAUAUAUAUAUGUAAAAUUUUUACUAAGCAACAGGUUUGUCUUGUGAAAGUGCAUAUCCCUCUGUUGGCAUUCACUCUCGCUCGCAAGGCCUCCAUCGGCGCUCGCUCUCUCUCGCUCCCCCUUUUUGUUUCUCUAUUUCAACCCUCCGCCAAUUUCUCUAUUUCAACCCUCACCAUAACGCUGAUUAAUGUUUUUCGGAACCCAAAGAACAAGGAAAUGUUGCCGGAAAACUUCAAAGAACAGCUUGCUUUGUCUGUGAGAAGCAUCCAGUGGAGCUAUGCAAUAUUCUGGUCUACUUCAUCUACCCAACCCGUCAGGGUGUUGAGUAGGGGGGAAGGAUAUUACAAUGGAGACAUUAAGACAAGGAAGACAAGUCAAGAAGUGGAACUCAAUUAUGAUCAGAUAGGGUUGCAGCGGAGUGAGCAGCUUCGAGAGUUUUACUUACAAGUCCUUCAAAGCUGUAGAAGCCAGCCCUCAAACCAAAAGGCCUUCAGCAGCACUGUCUCCGAAGGAUCUCACAGAUACAGAAUGGCUAUAAGGGUUGCUGCCAUGAACUGUAUUGAUGGGCUAAGCAUUGGGGGUCGUAUUGCAUGUUCUGGCAAGAAAAAUGCCUUAAGUAUGGGCUGAACAUUCUACAGGGCAUUCAAGGUGAAAACAAGAAUUCAAAGAAAUCGCUGAAGUAGGACAAUAAUUGGAGGCAGAGUUCAUAUGGCCGUUCAAGUUCCUCUUCGUCUUCCUGGAAUUCAUAUCCUCAGCCAGCUUAUGGUCGGGAGGUCAUGCCUAUGAGCCACAACCAACUCCUUAUCCGACGGUGCAACCCUAUUAUGCUCCUCCUCCUCUUACUACUUAAAACUGUGGCUAUGAACAAUCUUAUACUAGCGGCGAAGUCACCCGCCCCGGCAAUAGAAGGAAGUUAGAGAGGAAGUAUUCGAGAAUUGCUGAUAAUUACAAUUUCAUAGAUGAGGUGACUGAGGCUCUUGCACGGGCAGGCCUCGAGUCUUCUAAUCUUAUUCUUGGUAUCGAUUUUACUAUGAGCAAUGAAUGGACAGGAAAGAAUUCAUUUAAUCGAAAAAGCUUGCAUCACACUGGAAAUAUUCCAAAUCCAUAUGAACAAGCAAUAUCUAUUCUUGGGAAAACAUUGGCUGCAUUUGAUGAGGAUAACUUGAUUCCUUGUUUUGGAUUUGGAGAUGUAUGAACACAUGAUCAAGAUGUCUUCAGCUGCUAUCCAGAUGACGGGUUUUGCAAUGGUUUUCAGGAAGUGUUGAGUUGGUACAGGGAAAUUGUUCCUCAUAUUUGACUUGCAGGUCCCACUUCGUUUGCACCAAUUGUUGAAAUGGCCAUGACAAUUGUUGAGCAGAGUGGAGGCCAGUACCAACGUGGAAUUCUUUUUUCAUUUUAUUUUAUUUUUCUGCUGAGUAGCAAAUAAUGAUCACAAUUUUACUGGUUUGAUGAAGAGUAAAGUUUACUGGUUGCUAUGCACUUUAAUUGUUUCUGUUUUCUUUUUGAGGAACUGAACUUAUUUGUGGAAUAAUGUCUAUAGCAUAUUGGUGUGCAUCAAAAUUAUUCCCUU